AUGGCGUUGAAGAAGAAAAAGACACCAAAGUUUGAGGAAGAACAAUUGUACAUGCUUGAAAUUCUCGUUGAUGAUCUAAAUUUAUGCCCUGAGAAAAUUAUCAAUAAUAAAAAAUACGAUCUGAUGAUACGUGUAGGCUUCAUCGAUCUCGCGCCUGUCGAUAUCGUCGCCGAAGAUUCAAUCGAGGUUAAAAGCGGAAAAAGUAAGAAUAAAGAAAAUCGAUUGUUUGGUGAAAACAUCAACUACGAGGGUAAGACGUGUCUGUUCGUCCGUACACCGAGCAAUUUAAUGCAAUCUGUGAAAUUGACUCCUUUAAGUCUCGAAGUGUAUCGAAUUCUGGACGGUAAGAAGCAUAAUUUGCGAGAUGACACCAAUCAGAUCCUUCUCUGCGCGGCAACGGCAUUUCUGCCUGGAUGUUUCCACGAUCGAGUAGCUGCGGCCGAAAACAAGCUAGACGGGUUAUCGAAACCAUACACGUUGACGGAGGCUUACACAUUGACCGACGAGGAAGGAAGUCCCUGUGGAUCUAUAUCGAUGUACUUGAGACUAUCGUGCUUCGGAAGCUCGAUUAUCAAUCAUUUGACGCUCAAUGAAAAAUCGUUCAUAUUACAAGGAUUUCCUUUCGGUUCGAAAUUUCAUUGCACAAAUUCAUCGGAUAAAAACGUAAACGACGCGGAGAAUGAAACGAAAUGCGACGAUAACGUAUUUUCAUUACUGAAAAUUUUGAAUCCUACGUGUACAAAAUUACGCGACCAAAAAUAUCGUACGGAUAAGGAUUCCGUAUUAAUGAGACCGGAAUCGCCGCCUCGCGUAUCGAUAGAUCAGCCAGGAUUUGAGAAACUAACGAGCGCCGAGAAACUGAACGAUCACAAGUACCGCAGUUUGAUUUACGAGACCUAUCCCGACGAACCUACUUGUUCCUGUCUACCGACAGAUCAAUCGACACAUCCUAUGAUAUGUCGUUCCGGAUGCGCUCGCACUUGUUGCAUGGCUUUGAGAAAUCCUGAUAUUCUCAAAGAUAAUAGCGACAACGUUCCAUCGCUCGCUACGCUCACUCACUGCGUCGAUAAUUUGCAUUUGAAAUCAGCUACGGAACUGAACGCGAACGCUACGAGGAUGAGAGGUGGCGUGGACAGAGAAGAUGAUUAUUUAAACAGCAAGAUAAUAUGGGACGACGAGUGUACGUCCUGCGAGAAUAAUAUCGAUUUUCAUGCGAAAGAUCGUAUGAAGGGCGGAAGUAAUCAUGGUUUGUCGGUAAACGCGACUUCCGAAACAACAACUACUCUCUUAUAUCAGAAUGGUGCGAAAACGAGUGCUGGUUCGCCAUGCAAUUUCCGUCCGAGAACUGCGGAUGGACUCAAGGCGGCAGGUUGCAUUUGUCCGGGGAAAGAUCUGUCGUCUUGGAGAACAGGCACGUCCAAUUGUACGAAGAAGCCAUGCGUAGGCGCAGAUUGCAUGAUACGAGCUUUCAAGGAGGCCCAGGAAUUCGUGGACUCUCUUAACAAGGUGCAAGGUUUGGCGGGCCUCGGCCUGAUGGAUCCUUCGGAGAGUCCUUAUUUCGGCAGAGAUAUAGACAAAGAUUAUGCCGUUAAAGAAACACCGAGCGAGAAAAAACGAGGAUAUCCUGUCUCGACGUCGCCGGCAUUGCCUACUGUACAAUGUACUGCUCCUUGCAAUACGCAAUUUAGUAAACCUGUCGUCAGCAGUGCUCUUAUACCUUACGCUAUUUCCACUCCCACGACGAUAGCAGUUCCGGGACGCACAGGUGUCGUGCGCGAAGCGAUACCAACAUUACCGGAAGCGACGCUAGUCCCGAUCGCCGUCAAACCGAAGAAAAAGGAGGAGAGAAAAGAAGAAAAAUCGGAAAAGCAAAAAGAACUGGAUAUUGCGACCUCUGUACCGCCGGACGUCGGCGUUGGUCCUUGUGGUGAACCAAAAUGCAAAUCUCGCCGAAAGACGCCCGAAAACAGUCGCGCAGUGUCGCGCGAAACCAACGAAUCACAGAAAAACGCUACGAUAUAUGUAAAACCGCCGAGCACGCACAUCGUGAAAAGUAAAUCCAGUGAAAAAAGACGACAUUUGAAGAGUAAACCGGGUCCUGGCGGCGAUCGCGAUAUCCGGAGAGGUCCCAUCAGGAUCAGCAAAGAAGUAAUGCGUUACGUUUACUCGAUUGGCGAAGUUUACCCCGGAAUUAAUUACGGCCACAAGACUUGCCUCAAUCCGCGAUUCAGAAUACCGGCGAACAUGGGCUGGUUGUGGAACACGAGCGACAUGGUAGGCAAACUCAAGCCGCGGAUCGGUUGGAAGCCUGGUGCAAUCGCCCGCCGCGUGAACGAAUUAUUGAAAGAGGCGAAGGGCACUGUUCUAGACAGUCCAUCCGUCCUGGACAGUCGACUAAGAAUAACGCCGUCGCGCACCGGUUUACGACGAGGUAAAGUGUUCAAGACCAUGAGCUACACAACGCUGGCAAAGAAAGAGGGCGAGGAAGAGACGGAACCGCCGCCGACUCUGCAUAUCCAUCGAAAAGACGGCACGUACUACGUGACGAUGUAUCCGAUCAGGCAGGAGGCCGCAGACGCGACGCACCUCGAGGAGCCGAUAAAACCUCUGCAAUUCAAGAUAGCGCGCAACAGGGACGACGCUUCCGUCGCGUCGAGCUCCACGGCGUCGGACAUGGAGAUCGAGUUCUCACCACCGGCGGCAGUCAACAGGUAUCGCAGAAAACCCGAUGUGAUUCACGUGGACACCCAGGUUAGGCAGCAGGAGAUCCUCGAUGCAUUCAAGUCGAUGGACGACGUGCCGAAAAAGAAGGAAAGAAAGGGCAAGAGGGGAAAAAAGUAA